CCCAGCCCAGAAACUAGUCUUCAACAGAGUGAAUGGCAAGAGGCCACAGGUACUGCUGCAGCAGAUCUCAGCCCCUGAGGAGUGCUACACCCUGGCCCAUGAGGAGAACGUCCGCUUUGUCUAUGAAGCCUGGCAGCAGGUAGAGCAGCAGCUGGACAGCAGACAGAGUGGGGACAGCGCCUGUGGCCCUGUGCAGUACGUGGAGAAAACCCCCAACCCCGGACUGAAAAACUUUGUUCCCAUCGACCUGGAGGAGUGGUGGGCAAAGCAAUUCCUGGCCAAAAUAGAGAACGGCUCAUAAAAGGGAAAAAAAGUUUGCCCUUGGUUUCUUUUUAAGAGAAACAAAGCUGCAAGCACCUGGUCAGAACCCAGAAGUGGUGGCGUUUUUGAACCACAUUUUUCAAAGCUGCC